UUUAUAACCCCUUUCAGUUCAGAAUACAGGUGAAGUGUUUCGGACCACUUUGGCAGCGUUCCCUGCAAAUUAUCGCCUCACUAAGCUUGCAAAAGCGUUUUAAUUGUUCCCUUUGAAGAUCUAAAAUGGUCCUUGCUUUGCUCAGAAAAUCACCAGAGCUGACACCUCUAUUCGUGAUUAUUGGCGCUGGCUGUGCUGGAGCUGUGGCUUUUACGAUCAGACAGGCAACGAAAAACCCUGAGGCAAGCUGGGACAAGAAGAAUAACCCUCAUCCUUGGCUCAAUGUCAAGCAUGAUGAACAACUCAAGCUUUACAGUCAUACAGAUUACUCAAAGCUUCAAAAAGCCCGACCAGAUGCGGAAGUGUAAUGAGCCUUGGAGUGUAUGGAAAAGAUUACCAGGGAGUCAGAAUAAGGCCCACUGGGUUUGCAUUUGAUAAGAACUCUUAUUAAUAGUAAAUUAUCACAUGAUAUAAGAUACUUAACACCUAGCAAACACAUGGUAGCUUCAAGAGAUGUACUUUUCAUUAUAAAUCUUAAGAUGUUAUUUUUCUUUGAACUGUUCUAACCAAUCUACAAAAGCAUUAACAUUUCAAAUGAGAUUCAAAUAUUGACAUGACAAACAUAGUUUGAAAGUAUUUAAUCUGUGUAAGCCCUUGCUCUUGGCUGAACUUUGAAAAUAAAUUUUUCAUUUUGACGAAACAUAGUUCUGUUAAUUUCCAUUAAAAAAAUGUGUGUUCCCAUUAAUGUUUAGACAAACACAACAUAUUCAAUUUUACCUCCACAAGAAAACUCGUUAAAUCCUUUUUUAAGUUCCUAAAUUGGUAUCAGUACUGUACUUGUUUCAUUAAAUAUGCUUAACAAAAACUUUUAGGUAAAAGUAAAAGACUAGAAACGUAAAGGUCUCCACCUUUGGGGAGUGCUCUCACAUUUGAGGUGACAGGAAAAAAGGGAAAGUCUUCUGUGUUUGAAUUUUUUGACUGAUAAUUCAUUGGACGAGUCUUGCCAUUAUAAUUACUGAGUCCCUCCCUAAGGAGUUCCUUUCAACUGACGCUCUGCACACGAGUGGUAUGCAGUAAUCAUGAACCAGAAACAUACGUGAACACUUCAUACUAUUGUAGUUAUAAGUCAGUUUGCACAUUAUGGUAGAACUCGACAAUGAGAUCUGUUACGUUAUAAGCCAUUUUGAACAACGUGCUCCGUGUGCAAUACGCCUCCGUAUUUAGUGGCCUUUUGGGGCGCUUUACA